UCACUUGUUAAUCAGUUUAAUAUGCUCUAUGCAACUCUCGCAAGCAAAUCGUGUUACGUGAUCAGUGAUCAGUGUUCAAUGGGUUGCUCGAGUAGCACGAGAAAUCAAUUCUUUGCGGCUUUAAGCGCAAAUUUGCUAACUUUGUCGUAUGGCGCCAGUUUCGGUUGGAUAUCUUCGAGCUAUCUGCAAUUACAAGAUCCCCAGACUAGUCGUUUGACAUCGGGAUCUCUCACAAAAGAUGAUCUCGGUUGGGUGACCUCCUCUCUCUCACCUGGCGGUCUCUUUGGAGUGCUAUUCUUUGGCUGGUUGGCCGAUAAAAUCGGACGUAAACGUUGCCUGCUUCUGAUGGCAGUCCCAAUUGUGCUGCACUGGCUGCUCAUUGCCACUGCCACGAAUCUCAUUCAGUUGUGUGUGGCUCGCUUUCUUGCCGGAGCUGCUGGUGGCUGUGGCCUGACUGUGAUUCCCAUUUACAUCACAGAGCUGGCUGAGGAUAGACUUCGCAGCACCUUGGGUACUAUUUCCUUUCUAAGCUUCUGCAGCGGACUGCUGCUCAUCAAUGUGUUGGGUUAUCUCUUUUAUUAUGUAACUGUGGCAUGCAUAAUGAUUGCCCUGCCUUUGGUGUUUGCCACUUGUUUUGCUUUUAAGCCGGACACACCACAAUAUCUGGAACAACGCAAUCGCAGAGAAGCGGAAAAAUCUCUUAAAUAUUAUCGUGGCAUCCCCUCGAAAGAAUCACUCAACGAGGAAUUGCAGCUGGAGCUGACAAGACUCUGCAAGUCCACACAGCAAAUGCAUGUUGGCAGUGAUAACAAUUCCUUCAGCUGGAGCGAUUUUACACAUUCCAAGGCACGCAAGGCUUUCUUUAUUGGCCUGGGACUGGUGUUGACGGAGCAGUUGAAUGGAUCCUUAAUUAUGCUCAAGUACAUCACAGUGAUCUUCAAGGAUGCUGGCUCUAGUUUAUCGCCCAUGGCCUCGGCUCUCAUAGUCAUCGCCAUUCAGCUGUUGGGGACAUAUUCCGCCACGUUAUUUGUGGAGCGCGCAGGCCGAAAGACUUUGCUACUCAUCUCCAUUUCGGGUAUUUGGCUGGGAGAGAUGUCAACUGCUGGGUAUUAUUAUUUGGUCUCAUUCGGAUUUAAUAUGAGCAUGUUAAGCUGGUUUCCCAUCGCCGCCUAUUCAUUGAUGGUCUUUUCGGGCUCCUUUGGUGUUUUAACCGUUGGUUUUGUAGUUAUCGCUGAAAUUACUCCGCCUAAGAUACGCAGUCGGAUCAUUCGGGUGCACAUGUUCAUUGACUUUGCCUUGGACAUGAGCAUUGCCAAGGUAUUUCCCUUGAUGAGUGAUUCGAUGGGCAUUCCUGCAAUUGUAACAAUGUUUGCCGUGUUCUGCUUUCUUUUUCUGGUUUUUAUUGUGGUCUUUGUGCCGGAAACAAAAGGCAAAUCGAUUGAAGCUAUUCAGGAGAGCUUAUAGUCGACUUUCCGGUUCAUAUUAAAAUUCGCGAAAUUAAAAAUUCUUGUUUU